CGCUAUGCUGUUGCCAGGACAACGCCAAGUACUAUUGAGUCGAUAAAAUAAGCAGAUUGCUUUGCAAGUUCUCGCCUGGAAUCAUGUCCGAUCCGUUAGAACCAACCAUGGACAAUAAAUUAAACGAUUUGAAUAAGAAAAUCGUGGAAAUCAAGAAAAAGAUCCAAUUAUCAGAGGGACAAAGGAAAGCGAAUUUCGAAGAAUACGAAGCUAAGAAGCAUGAAUAUGCGGAGAAAAUUACGACUCUCAAGCAAAGCAUCAAAGAACUGUACGUGGAGUACGCAAACACGCAGAACAAUGAGGGAAAAUCGGAGGCGAGAGUUCGCACGGGGAGCGAGUCUUCUGCCUAUGGGAAAAAACGCAAUUUAGAUGAGACAAUCGCCAGGGUGCAGGAGGACAAUGUACGGUUAAGAAAGAAGCACGAUCUAAUUAAGUAUCAGCGCAACAAGCGGCAACAGAAAUUGCGCUCGUUGUUGGACGAGUACAGUCGAUUGAUGAGCAAUAAGAUGCUCAAGAUGUUUAAGAAGAAGAUAGAGAAUCCGUUGAGAAACGUACAUGUGAGGAUGAUGCAAAUCAAGGCGAAUAUAACGCGUAUGAGAUAUGUAUCCAUGUGCUCCGAUUUAAAGAGAAAAUCCGUGUUCUAUGCGUCUAUUCUGAAAAAUUUGGAGGAUGAAAUAAAGGAACGGGAGAACGAGACGAAACGUCUUCAGGCAAGAAAAUUUCCUUGA